CUCAUCAAUCCGAAGCCAUUCACCUCAAGGUAUGUCGAACAUGGCUUGAUACAUGAAGCGGUUGCCACUGAGCAAUAUGAAAGAAUUAUGUUUGCGCCUAGGGCCCCACUAAAAGUUCUCAAGAGUGGUUUUGUUGUUUGUUCAGACAUGCUGCUCCUGGGAGGCUCACCAGAUGACAGAGUCGUUGAUUUUGGUUGCCAUUAUUGUUUUGCACCCAACGUUAAGUGUCCAGUGACGAAAUAUCAAGUAACUCCAGUAGAAGCAUGUCAUGAGCCCAAUUUUUCUCAUGAGGCUGUACAUGGACAAUGUAAACAGAAAAGGAAUCAUGACGAGCACACGCAAGUGCAAGGUCAG